AUGAGUUUCAAAGGAUUUCAGAAGAGCAUUGUGCGUGCACCGCAGCAGUUCAAGGUCAAGUUCAACAUUGGCGAACACACCAAGGAUGCUGUCUAUACCGAUGCCGAGCGCCGGUUUGAUGAGCUCGAAAAGGAGACCAAGAAGCUCCACGAUGAGUCAAAGAAGUACUUUGCAGCCAUCAACGGCAUGUUGAACCACCAGAUCGAAUUCUCCAAAGCAGUUGCUGAGAUCUACAAACCCAUCUCCGGUCGCGCCUCCGAUCCCACCUCCUACCAAUUCGAAGGAAACGCCGAAGGCAUUCAGGCCUGUGAAGAAUAUGAAGUGAUCGUCAAAGAGCUGCAGGAGGCCCUGGCCCCCGAGCUGGAGAUGAUCGACAGCCGCAUUAUCAGCCCUGCCGACCAGCUCCUCGAGGUAAUCAAGGUGAUCCGCAAGGUUGCCGUCAAGCGUGAUCACAAGAAGCUGGACUUUGACCGCCGCAAUGCUACCUUGAAGAAGCUAGAAGAGAAGAAGGACAAAUCGAUCAAGGACGAAAAGGCUUUGUACAAGGCUGAAAACGAUGUCGAGGUCGCCACACAGGAGUUCAACUACUACAACGAUCUGCUCAAGGACGAAUUGCCCAAGUUGUUUGCCCUUGAGGCCGAGUUCAUCCGCCCACUCUUCCAAUCUUUCUACUACAUGCAACUCAACGUCUUCUACACUCUCCACGACCGCAUGCAAGGCAUGAACAUUAGCUACUUCAACCUUCAGCUUGACGUUGAAGAAGCCUUUGAGCAGAAGCGAGGCGAUGUGAAGGAACGUGCCGAAGCCCUCAGUAUCGUGCACUACAAGACUCAAGGCGUCCGCCGCUCUGGCUCGAAGCUGAGCGCUGUCAAGGGCGAGGGCAAGGGCUCUAUUGGCCGAGGCCGGUCUAGCUCUACCGCGGACGAAAACCCUCCACCACCCUACUCGUCUGCUGGUGCCAGUCCGACAGGCAGCUUCUCUUCGGCCGCUAAGGGCAAGCCCGCCCCGCCCCCUCCACGGGCGAAGCCAUCUCACCUCAGCGCAAAGCCGGUCGAGACCGUCACUGCUCUUUACGACUACGAGGCCCAAGCACACGGUGAUCUGGGAUUCUCAGCUGGUGAUGUUAUUGAAAUCGUCCAACGCACCGACAACACAAAUGAGUGGUGGUCUGGGCGUGUCGGCGGUCGGGAGGGCCAAUUUCCGGCCAAUUACGUGCAAUUGAAUUAG